UUCACAAUAGAGUGUGAUCACACGUUGCUCUCUCCUCUCAAGUUCGGACGCAUUCUUGAUCGCUCGCUGAUUUUUCUCGCGUCUUGCCCCGAUUGGAAUAGUCACCAACGGUGUUUACCCAACGUUGACAGCGUUUUCCGAGUAGUAAAUUCGACUCCUUUUGAAAAUAUCAUGGCUCCUAAAACGUUUAAAUGGACUCUAGGACUCUUGAACAACGCCAGUAAGAAAUAUCUCACGCUCGAGACAUUCGGUUUCAAGCUGAACGUCGACGGAGUUUCAAUGAAGAAGAAGCAAAUAUGGACGCUGGAACAAGACCAAGGCAGUGAUAUCUGUUAUUUUCGGAGUCACUUGAACCGGUACUUGUCUGCUGAUCCGAAAGGCAACGUGAAGUGUGAAGAAGAAGAGCGUACAGAGGAAACGAAAUUCACGGUGGAGACGCAAGUCAGCGGAAACUGGGCGAUAAAGAGCGUCUACGGCGCAUACUUCGGAGGAUCGGGUGAUCAGCUGAAAUGCGUGGCUAAACCAUCAGCAACAGAGCUCUGGUCGAUUCAGCUCGCAAUGCACCCGCAAAUCAAUGUGAUGAGCUCGCGAAGGACACGCUACGCGCAUCUCGACACCAAAACCGAGACCAUAACAGCCACAGAGGUUAUUCCAUGGGGAGCAGACGCUAUGCUUACCCUCGAGUUCGACGAAAACCAGGGAAAGUACGCUUUUGUAGCCAGCAAUAAAAUGUACCUGAACAGCGAUGGCUCUCUGAAUGAAGACCCUAGCAAAAAGAGUCUGUUCACCAUUGAGUUUCACGAGGGGGAGGUGGCCUUCCGAACGGACAAAGGCAAUUAUCUAGCAGCGGUGGGAACAGGUAAAAUCCAAGCCGGGAAAAACACUACCGUCGGAAAAGACGAGCUAUUUGUUAUUCAAGACAGCCCGCCGCAGGUUUCAUUCAUCGGCCAACGAGACCGACGACUAUCGAUUCAUCAAGGAAUGGAUGUGAUCCUUAGUCGCCGUGAUGAACUUGAGGACACUGAGAUAUUCCAGUUAGAAUUUGACAAGACCAGUGACAAGGGACGGGUAGCAGUACGUGGAACCAAUGGCAAAUACUGGAACCUAGGCGAGAAGGGCAUGACAGCAUCAGCAGAAGCACCAGGAGAUAACUGCUGGUUUGAGCUGGAAUGGCACGGCAAACAGAUUGUUUUCAAAGCUGGAAAUGGGAAGUACAUCACAGGCAAGGACAAUGGUCAUCUUAUCGAGGGCAGCGAUGAAAUUGAUCAGGAGAGAGGGUUUCAUGUGCCAGAGCUGGUCAACAGACCCAUGCUGGUGCUGCGUGGUGAACAUGGCUUUGUUGGAGUGAAAUCUGGAAAAGAUUUAUUAGAGAGCAAUCAUUCUAAAUAUGAUGUGUUCCUUGUAACAUGCAAGAAUGGCCUGUACAAGAUCCGUACCGACUCUGGUAAGUACUGGUGCUGUGAUGAAAAAGGCAACGUAAUGUUGGCAAAUGACGAAGCUGGUGCCCAUGAGUACAGUAUUGAACUUCCUAAGUACAACAGAAUGGCAAUAAAAGCUGCUAAUGGACUUUACAUUGAGGGCCACCAGAAUGGAUCCUUUUGUGCCACAGGAAAGUCACUUGGAAAAAACAGUUUAUGGGAGUACUAAACCACAGCAGGCGUAGAAUUAAUUAACAAUUUUCAAACUUAGAGGACAAUAUUUUUUAACCAAGUAAACUGGAAGCAUAACAAAUCAUUUCCAAAAAAAAUCCUUAAAGAAGCAAAUUUAACUAAUUUCUUCUUAGUCUUUGAUGAUAUAGUUAUUACACUGUAAUUGUAUCAUAAGAAGGCUGAUUAAGAUCACUUCUGAGUUUCACUUCAGUUUUCACACUUAACCCUUUAACUCCCAAGAUCUGAUUGUCAAUUCUCCCUUGUAGCUGCCACACAUUUCCUUUUAAAUUAAUUAUGAGAACUUAGUGCUAGAUCAAGAUAGCAGCUUCUACCUGAUAAGUUUGAAUAUUCUCAUCACCUGUUUGCUGAAGAAUGUAUGGAUAUUGUAGGGAGAAGUUUUAUGUUAAUCACUUCUGGGAGUUAAAGGGUUAAACAAUUUAAUUUUCAUGGCUUUGAAGACCAGAAGAAUUAACAUAACAAAAAGGUUAGAAUGUUGCUGCUACAUGAAGCCCAGUAACAUCUGUUUUCAACAUUAAAAAGUAACAUCUUCAAUCAAAGUAUGCAAUAAGCUAAACAUUGAAGCCACUGUUAUUUUUACUAUCAUUAUUGUUGUUGUUAUCAUUAUUAGUUUGUUUACAAUUAAAUUCACUCAAUGGGGCAAAAAAAUUUUUGCUGGUAAAUGACCUGAAUUUCUCAAUGUCAAGUCAGAAUCCAUAUUAGAAAAACAAAACAAAAACAAGAAAACAUUAAAUGACAAAAAAGUUAAACAUUAUAUUACCAAAAUUCAUUUAUUUAGGUGGCAAAGAGUGAAGAGAAACGGUGAAGUUUUGCCAAUUAUUGGAUAAGGUCAGAGAGUACCUCUACUGGCAAUUUACAGUCUCAAAAAAAAUACUAGACAUGAAGUGUGCGUUCACUUAACUUACAAACCAGAUCCCUAGACCAAGAGAGAACAGUAUGCAAAAAUUACUUGAAGAAUACUUGUUAAAUUAAUCACAGUACUAUCUAUCUUACAGAAGAUCAAGUUAGUAUUUUUGGGUUUAAAUGUCAAGGAGCAAAUUCCCUACAUCAAAAGUUGUCUCUUCACAAAAUGAAGACUACUUACAAAAAAAUUGAAAUGGUGAAGUUGUAAACCCUGCUGUGGUUUUGAACUAUGAAUAAAACUGUUACAUCCCUUUAUGACUAA